AUGCAGACGCAGCAUGUGGACGACUACCCCGGGCUCCUCAAGAUGUCGGCAAGCGAAAUGACGGCGUUCUGGGCGUCCGUCACCAACGGCAUCAUCGGCGAGCUCAUGUUCAAGAAGGAGGACGAGCAGACCGCCACGGAUCAAGAAGAGGACGACGACGUGGACGACGCAGUAGUCCAGGCCGAGAUGCUGGCCGCCAGGGCCGCCAAUUCCAAGCGCCAAGCCAUGGAUCGAGCAGGAGGACGGGUCACGGCAGAGGCCGUCGGCAUGACGCAUCGGACCUGCAAUAUCGCCAAGCUUGCCGGUGUCAACGACACCAUCGUCGGUCAGUGGGUCCGCAUUCAUAGGAGCCUCCAUGCAACAGAUCGAUGA